AUGUGCUCAACUUUCGGUUUUAUCUAUUCCGUCGCUAAAUGGAUUAUAUUUAUUGUAUUUCUUAUAUACUGUGUCAACUUCUGGCUUAGGACAAAGUCCUACUUAACUGACGAUGCAGAAAUCGCGGCUAUUGCGACAAAAUAUGCCCAUACAGGACAAGGAGUUGAGUUUGCAUAUAAUAAAAUCAAGACAGAACUUCGUAAACGUUUCCCAGGACACAUUUUGUCCGAAGAGGAUGAACAGUGGAUGUUUAUGAACGCUGGCGGAUGGAUGGGCAGCAUGUGUAUACUGCAUGCCUCACUCACAGAAUACAUCUUGUUCUUUGGAACAGCUGUAGACACUUCAGGAAACUCUGGAAGAUACUGGGCCAAUAUUUCAGACACAAUAAUAACUGGAUCGUUUAGGCAGUGGAAGGAAGGUCACUUAUCCUCCAAAGUUUUUUCACCAGGUGAAACUGUUUUCCAUGCAUGGGGUGAGGUAACAGCUGUUCAGUGGAAAGCUGGUACGUGGAUGGUGGAAUAUGGUCGUGGAUUUAUUCCUUCCACUUUGGGAUUUGCCUUAGCAGACACUUUCUUUAGCACGACAGACUUUGUCACUUUGUUUUACACCUUACGAGUGUACAGUAAAGCAUUGUUAAUGGAAGCAGGAUCUUCAGUGGAAGAUUUUAGACUUUAUCUGAAAAAUAUUUUAUAAUGCAAAGUAUAUAAAGCUAAACGUCAAAAAGAAUUAUUGAAAUAGAUCUCAAAAUAAUUACAAAACUGAGAUAUUAAAACGUUCUGCUGACCUUCAAAGUCAAUGUACACAUUUACGCUUUUUACAUGCUGAGAGCUGAUUUCUUGAAAAAUAAUUUAACAAAGAAAACUAUGAUCUGUUUUAUACUGAAUUUUUCUGAUAUGAUUCAAUCAUAGGGACUUCGCAUGAAUUCUCAACCCACAGUCCAUAUAUAUCCAGAAUUCUCAACCCACAGUCCAUAUAUAUCCAGAAUUCUCAAUGACAUUCAUAUGGACUGUGGGUUGAGAAUUUAUGCCAAGUCCCUAUAGAUACAAUAAUUAUGAAAUAGAAAAAAAAAAAACACAAAAAAAAAAACGUUAUGAUGCAAUAAAAUGCUAUAAAAGUGUCAGAAUUGAUAACAGUGGAAGGGAGAGAACUCAAGACAAACAAGACAAUAAAAACACAUAUUUUACACAUUUUUCCACAUCAUUUAGACCAAAAAUAAAAAUUAUUGCAAUAUUCUACUUGUUUUUUUACCAUUCAUAUCAUAUAUGAUCAUAUUGUUUUGAUGUGUAUUAUAUUUGGGAAGAUACUGUGAAACAAUCCUCACAGUGCGUUCAGUCUAACCCCACAUGAUCAUACCAAUCAUUUUCUGAUUUAUUGUGAGGAAGAAAAGCUUCAACUGUCACACAGUACAUUUAGUAUUAUGGUUAAACUACAUAAUUAUGUGUUUUAAUUCAAAUUAAUGAGAAAAGAAAAAACAUCCUUAUAACAGUUACCCAGCCUAAAAAUAAUAAUAAACUUGUGUGUUGUAUAUAAUAAUUGUAUAGAGCAUUUUGGUGUUGUAUCAACAUUUGAAAAAAAUAUAUAUUUUUGAUAGCUCUGUGUACCCCUCAUGUUAAAAAACAGAAAAACUACAUUGUAGAACAGUAUACCCACAAUAUAUUCAAAGCUUCAUAAUUUCUACCAAGAUUUUUCACACUCCCGUUAAAUACUCAAUUUCUUCACAAGCUUUUGACAUUUUUCUGGGCUGUGUUGAUGAUUGUUUUACCAUGUUAAAGGGUUUCAUGGAAGUGUAACAAGAUUUCUGUUUUAUUGAAAGAUAGAGUUAAACUUUAAUGAAAUAUUUACUUCAGUGAUAACAGCAUGGCUGGCCAUUAUGAAUUACUUUUGAAUGAAGUAGAAGCUUGUAUUAUUACUUUUACACAUUGUGAUACACUUUGAAAACUGUCAAAGGGGUGGGUGGGUACAUACUCAUGGUGAUGGAGCAUGUUUCAUUGGCCUAAAUGGUAAAGUCAUGAAUUAUCAAACCAGAGACCAGGGUUUGGUUCCGGCAAGGUCUUUUGACAGGGUGGAUAGGUGGUGCAGUGGUAACGCUCUUGCCUUUUACAUAGCUGUCUGGGGUUCGAUACCCGAAAUGGACAUAAAGGUAUGGGGUCACCUGCCCGACCACGUGAGUUUUCCCCGGGUACUCUGGUUACCUCCCACAGUAAGACCCUUUAUGUGCUUCAAUCCAGGCCAACAAGAGUGAUAAAUUUAAGUUGGAAAAACUUGUUUCAGAAUUGUUGUAAAAUAAUCAAGAAUAUUUAUUUUGAAAAGGAAUUUGUUUUUCUCUGUUCUUUCACAAAAUAUUGUCAGCUCAUCACUAGUGAAGAGUUAUGGAUUUUUAUUCACAUCAAAAGAAGAUGUUGCAUAUGAACAUUUUCCCUCUUACUUUAGUUUGCCUGUUGGUUCUGUUGUUGUAUACAUUGUUCUUAUUUGAGAACGUGACAUUACUUACCCGAAUUGACAAAGGUUUACAUGGCGUGUGUUGUCAAUGAAGCAAAAGAUGCUUCCUCUUCAGGAACACCUGGUCUUACUCUCCUUGCACUUAUUCAGGAGUCUUAGUGUAAAUAUUUCUUUUAUUCAAAUUUUUCCCUAGUUUUAUGGAAUUUGAGUUUGAAUCAUGAUUAUGUAGCCAUGUUGAUUUUUUUUUAAUGUGAGAACAGCAUUCUGUUAUAGGGAUUUCAUUUGCUUUUCUGGAUCAUUAAUAUCAAUUUAAUGAAUCUGCAUUUCUCUUGAAAUGAAGAUUGUCAUUAGGGCUUAAAUUAAGUACCAGUAUUAUGUAAUUCAUAGUGAUAAUGAACAACAAUCUACCAUGUAUAUAUACAAACCAGUUAGAAAAAUAUGUGUGAUGUCUCGAUGAUUACCAUGUUACCUUUGUCAGACAAAUCACUAGUGUGACGCAUAUAUCGGUGAAAUACACAGUGAACAAGGUAUUAAAUCACUGGACUUCCUUAACACACCUUCUAUAAACACACAGGUGGAAAGUAGUCUGACACAAUGUUGAUAAGAUUAUAGUAAUUAUAGUAUAGUGAAAAUAAGUAGGGAAUACUUAGAAUUAAUGCUGUACUUUGUUUUCUUGUAUCUUAUAGAAGACAUAAUUUUCGUAGAAGAGUUAUUCUGGUGUACAUAACCUUUUUUUUCCUUUUUAAACUUAUAAGGGCUAGAGACAAAGUGUAUACCAAUAUAUGUUUGUCUUGGUCUGUUUUAAUAUAUGUGUAUUUUUGUACCUAAGAAUUUACGCAUUUACAUUGAUGUAUAUGGAUUGAUAUAAAUUGUACCACCUCUAAACAGCUUUACU